AUGCGGAGCGCGCCGAGCCGGUACGCGGUCGCCCGCGCCCUGGUCCUCGCCGGUCUCUGGCUGGCCGCGGCCGGGCGCCCCCUAGCCUUCUCGGACGCGGGGCCUCACGUGCACUACGGCUGGGGCGAGCCCAUCCGCCUGCGGCACCUGUACGCCGCCGGCCCGCACGGCCUCUCCAGCUGCUUCCUGCGCAUCCGAGCCGACGGCGGGGUUGACUGCGCGCGGAGCCGGAGCGCGCACAGUUUGGUGGAGAUCAGGGCGGUCGCACUGCGGACCGUGGCCAUCAAGGGCGCGCACAGCGUCCGGUACCUCUGCAUGGGCGCCGACGGCAGGAUGCAUGGGCUGCUUCAGUACUCGGCUGGGGACUGUGCCUUCGAGGAAGAGGUCCGCCCCGACGGCUACAACAUGUACCGGUCCAAGAAGCACCGCCUCCCCGUGUCUUUGAGCAGUGCGAAACAGAGGCAGCUGUAUAAGGACAGGGGCUUUCUGCCCUUGUCCCAUUUCCUGCCCAUGCUGCCCAGCAGCCCAGCAGAGCCCAGAGACCUCCAGGACCACGCGGAGUCGGACGGGUUUUCUUCGUCCCUAGAAACAGACAGCAUGGACCCCUUUGGGAUCGCCACCAAAAUGGGACUAGUGAAGAGUCCCAGCUUCCAAAAAUAA